AUGGCGAGCUCUUCGUGCGCUGUGGCCUCUGUCAUGGUGGCGGCGAUCGCCUCGAUGAUCUUUGGCAUCAGCUUGGGCUUCACCAGCCCGGCCAUCGACGUGAUGCAGGACACGGUGCGGGAGAAUGGACACUGGAUUCCGGCGCCGGCGCACUUGGUGGUCUUUGAGAGCGACCACAAGAGCUCCUCCCAAGGCUCUUUGUUCAGUGCCAUCGUGAACAUCGGGGCGCUGCUGGGCGCAUUGUGCGGUGGACCUUUGAGCCAACGCGUGGGGCGCAAGGGCAGCAUCUUGCUCAUGGCCCCGCUCUUUGUGUUGGUUUGGGCGUUGACCUCAGUGGCCUCCAGCUUCACGCCGCUACUGCUGGCAAGGUUCUUCCUGGGGGUGGGCAUUGGCCUUUGCAGCACCGUGGUGCCCACCUAUAUCAACGAGAUCUCUCCCACACAUCUCCGGGGAGCCUUGGGGGCCGUGUUUCAGAUGGCCUGCGUGGUGGGCAUCAUGCUCACCUACCUCCUGGGUGCUUAUGUCUUUGUGGAGACUGGCCACGGCCACGUUUUCUGCCAAUGGCGACUGCUGUCGCUCUUCCCUUUGGCGCUCGCUGUGCUGCUCUUCCUGCUGGGCCUGAUGAUCCCUGAGUCGCCGAGGUGGUUGGCCUCGAUCGGCCGGGCAGACGCCGCCCGACUUGCCCUUGCACGGCUGCGUGGGGGGGCGCAGUUCAUUGGCGAGGAGUUGGAAGAGAUCCACGCGGCCGUGUCAGAAGCGGGCGGCGCAGGUGGCUGGAAGGACCUGCUGUACUACCGGAAAGCUGUGGCCAUCGGCCUCAUGCUGAUGUUCCUUCAGCAGUUCAGCGGCGUGAACGCGGUGAUCUUCUUUCAGAACACCAUCUUCAUGCAGGCCGGCAUGGCCAAUCCGGCGGCCAUGGGCUUCUAUGUGAUGUUGCUUCAAGUGAUUAUGACUGGCAUCUCCAUCCCUUUGAUGGACACGGCCGGCCGGAAGAUGCUGCUGAUUGUCGCGGCCUCCGGCAUGAUCGCCUGCUGCAUAGGAAUGGUCAUCUUCUUCCUCCACGACACGCCUGCCUGGCUCGCGGAUCUCAGCUCCUUUGGCUACAUCGCCUUCUUUUCGCUGGGCAUCGGACCUAUCCCGUGGCUCAUGAUGGGCGAGAUCUUCCCAGGCAAGAUCCGGUCCUCUGCCUCCUCCUUAGCGGCGGGCUUCAACUGGACGCUGUCCUUCAUCACCACCGAGACGGUGGGCGGCCUACAGGCGGCGAUUAGCUUCAGCGGAGUCUUCGGCCUCUAUGGGUGCUGCCUGGUGAUCGGCCUGCUGUACGUGAUCAAGUCGGUGCCGGAGACCAAGGGCAAAUCCUUCGCGGAGAUCGAGGACAUCGUAAGCCCCAAGCGGGACAUUCCCCUCAUCAGCGCGUGA